AUUCCUGGAGUAGAACACGGAAGUAGGAUUGGAGCCGAAUUUGUUUUGAUUUUGAACAUUCAUUCUGUUGACUAAAGAAAUACCAACUGACUCAUUUGAAUUUGCAACGCAAAACUAAUUUGAUAGGAAAUGUCUAAACUAGAGUUCUUGCGUGUGUUUUUGAAUGAGCGUUUAACGGCUGCCGCUGUGGAGAUUUUCGGGGCAGUUGAGGAAACGGUAGUGGGGUACCAGAAGGAGAAUGAUCGGCUACGGAGACUGCUGUGUAUCACACCAAAGAUAACAUGUAUAGACUCCCUGCAGCUCUCUCCCAUAAUUCAUGAAGAGGAGGCUCCCCCUGAGCAGCAGCACUGUGAGCAGGAGUGGAGCCCCAGUCUGGGGCAGGAGGACCCAGGGCACACACAGAUUAAAGAGGAACAGGAGGAGGAACUCGGCACCAGUCAGGAGGAAGAGCAGCUUCAAAGGCUGGAGGCUGAUAUCAUAGAGUUUAAAUUCACUCCUUUCUGUGUGAAAAGUGAAUGGGAUCAGGAAGACCCACUUUGGUCCUUGACUCUUCCCCAAACCCAGACUGUGGAGAACAGAGACAGUGACUCUAAACUAGUGGAUUCUAAACCUUUUGGCACUGUGACCUACCUAAAGGGUCUCGCGAAUCCCUGUGACCCUCCAUAUAAUCAAAACAAUGACUCCAGCCAUUUCUCAAUUGUAAGCCGCAACCCAGUAGGACUUGACAUUAGCCCACCAUUGGGGGAACACCGUUCCAAACCCACCACCAUGUCUAGAAUAACUCACCGCUGCUGUGACUGUGGUGAAACAUUUGCUCAGAAAGCUGACCUACAGAGGCAUGUUACUCUCCCCGAGAAGAGACCCAGUGAAUGCCGCUUCUGCAAAACAAACUACAACUCCACCUGUAAACUGGAGGCACAUGUCCGACUCUGUCAUGGUGGGAAACCCUACACCUGUCCUGUUUGUGGCGAGACCUUCAAAGUGAAAGGAGAUCUUUCCAAACACACAAUGAUUCACACAGACGAGAAACCAUUUAGCUGGAGCUGUGAUGACUCUGGGAAGAGCUUCAAUCUCAAGGAACACUUAACCGUAGAUAUACUGACGGGCACUGGAAAGAAACCAUUUAGCUGUGGUGUCUGUGGAAAAGGCUUUAGUCAGAAGGGUUCCCUUAAGAAGCAUAUAUUUACUCACACGGGAGAGAAACGAUUUACCUGUAGUGACUGUGGGAAAGGCUUCCAUCAGAAGUGGACCCUAUCUGAACAUAUACGUACUCACACAGGAGAGAAGCCGUUUAGCUGUGGUGACUGUGGGAAAAGCUUCAAUUUGAAGGGGAACCUAAGGAAGCAUAAAUUGACUCACACAGGAGAUAAACCAUUCAGUUGUGGUGACUGUGGGAAAAGUUUCAAUUUGAAGGGGAACCUAAGGAAGCAUAAAGUCACUCACACAGGAGAGAAACCGUUUAGCUGUUGUGACUGUGGGAAGAGCUUCAAUCUGAAGCAACACCUAAACAUGCAUAAAUUGACUCACACAGGAGAGAAACCAUUUAGCUGUGGUGACUGUGGGAAAAGCUUCACUCAAAAGUCUAGCCUGCUGACACAUGUGAAAACAAUCCACAAAGGAAUAAAACUGGAUGAAAAUUGAUAGAGGCAAUUCAAUUAUGACAAAUAGAUAUUAUGUAAGAAGAAGGAAAUUAAAGGGUAGGAUGUGGACAUCACUCGU